AUGACCUCAGUGAUAGCACCCAGCAAUCCAACCUCCGCACAUUCUGCAUCGCAAAGCAAAUCCCACCGUAAUAUUUUAUUCGAAAGAAAGCAAAAAAGAAAAAUGUCUGCCCAAAACUCCGCAGGCAUCCAGACACUGCUUGAUGCUGAGAGAGAGGCGCAGAAGAUUGUUCAGAAUGCUGAUCUGGCUUAUUUGAUAUUUCAGCCCGAGAAUGACGCAAGAGCCGAGGCACAAAAGGAGAUUGAGGAAUAUAGACAGAAAAAAGAAGAGGAAUUCAAGAAGUUUGAAGCUGAGCACUCAAGCGGUAACAAAGUAGCCGAAGAUGAAGCGAACAAGGAAGCCGAGGCGAAGGUCCAACAGAUCAGAGACAUUGGCAAGCAAAAGGGUAGCCAGGUCGUUGAGGAUCUGAUCCAAGCUGUCAUUGAUGUUCAGCCGCAAACACCGGGGAAAAUCGUGGGGAUUGCGGGGUUAAAUGACGGAAACUCAAAUUAUGGGUUCCAGAGAUUAGGAAUUUCGGUUGCGUCAUUUCACCCAGAUCUGUUCAAGGAACUACUUGAAUAUAUUUUAGUUGAAUCUCGCCUUGCGCGCCCAUCAACAGCGCAAGUGAAGUAUCCAUACACAGCCCACAGGGAGUGUCAGAAUGAAACAUUCAAUCAGGAACCCAAGGGUUUCGUGGUGGGCUUCUCAACCACACCUUCUGCCUCGAAACCGCACGCAGCAGAUCCACGACUUUCGGAGCUGGGUCCCCUUAUUGAAGAUAAAUAUUCCGCUAUUCGGGAUACAUACUGCAGGCCGAAAUACCCAAUUGUGCUUGCACACGGUCUAUUGGGAUUUGAUGAGCUGAAACUGGGAGGGAAGUAUCUCCCAGGCGUACAAUAUUGGCGCGGCGUCAAAGAAGCAUUCGCCCUAAAGAGGAUGGUGGUCAUUUCUGUCCCUGUCCUGCCGUUGGGAUCCAUCGAGCAACGGGCUAAAGAGCUCAUGUGUGGAAUUGAGAGCCAGAUUCAGGGGAAAGAGGUGAAUAUAAUUGCUGGACUAGAUUCUCGUUACAUGAUCAGCAGACUACGACCUACGAAAUUCCGGGUUGUGUCUCUGACUACGAUAGGCACCCCUCACCGAGGGUCUGCGUUUGCGGAUUAUGUCUUUGGACUGAUUGGAGAACAUCGAGCUGCACAGAUAUAUAACACACUGGCUCGCAUUAAAAUAGAGUCAGGGGCAUUGAGUCAGCUUACUCGAAAAUACAUGCAGGAAGAAUUCAAUCCCAAUACUCCUGAUAUCGACGAUGUUAGGUACUUUUCAUACGGAGCAUCGUUAACACCCGGUAUGUGGUCUGUGUUUAUCCAGUCACAUCGGAUUAUCGAGCAGGAAGAAGGCCCGAAUGAUGGCCUGGUCAGCGUCCAGAGCAGCAAAUGGGGAGGUGAGGAGGGCUACAAAGGCACGCUUGUUGGUGUCAGCCACCUCGACUUGAUCAACUGGACCAAUCGUUUUAAGUGGAUAAUCUCUGAGUUGACGGGAAAUGCCAGGAAGUUCAACGCGCUUGCCCUGUAUCUAGACAUUGCCGGUAAGACAGUUGCAUAUCCCCGGGGUGUUUUGGGAUAA